AUGGCAUCUGAUUCGAAAAGCUUCGCUAGGAGAGAUCGUCUUCUUGAGAUUGAGGUAGCGGUUCGAAAACUGUGGGAAGAUGAGCAAGUGUUUAGGGCUGAGUCUCGUGAGAAUCUUCCAAAGGAAGGAGAGAAAUUCUUCUCGACUUUCCCAUUCCCGUAUAUGAAUGGUUACCUACACAUUGGGCAUGCUUUCUCACUUUCCAAGGUUGAUUUUGCUUCUGCUUACCAUAGGCUUAGAGGAGCUAACGUGCUUUUACCAUUUGGUUUCCAUUGUACUGGUAUGCCAAUCAAGGCUUCCGCAGAUAAGCUUUCUCGUGAGAUCCAACAGUUUGGUAACCCUCCUGUGUUCACUGCUGAGGACAACACUAAGGUAGUUGCGGAAGUUGAGGAGGAGAGCAGUGAUACACCAGCUUUACCUGGUCAGUUCAAGGGGAAAAAGUCCAAGGUUGCUGCGAAAUCUGGUGGACAGGUUUAUCAGUGGGAGAUUAUGCGCAGUUUUGGUUUGACUGACAGUGAGAUUGCGGAGUUCCAAGAUCCUUACAAAUGGUUGUAUUACUUUCCUCCGUUGGCUGUUGAAGAUCUCAAGGCAUACGGAUUGGGUUGUGAUUGGAGACGGUCUUUUGUUACCACUGAUGUUAAUCCCUUUUUCGAUGCCUUUGUGAGGUGGCAGAUGAGGAAGUUGAAAUCUAUGGGAAAGAUUGUCAAAGACCGUAGGUACACAGUCUUCUCACCUUUAGAUGGCCAGCCUUGUGCUGAUCACGACCGUGCUACUGGCGAAGGUGUUCAGCCUCAAGAGUAUACGCUCAUCAAGAUGGAAGUAGUCAAGCCAUUCCCUCUGAAACUGGGUCCUUUGGAAGGGAAGAACGUUUAUUUGGCUGCAGCUACUUUGAGGCCUGAGACCAUGUAUGGACAAACAAACGCUUGGGUACUGCCUGAUGGCAAAUAUGGAGCUUAUGAAAUCAGUGAAACUGAUGUCUUCAUCCUUACUGAGAGAGCUGCACUCAACCUUGCCUACCAGAACUUCUCGAAGAUCCCUCAGAAGCCAUCCUGCUUGGUUGAGUUGACUGGGCAUGAUCUGAUUGGACUCCCGUUAAGGUCUCCUCUGUCAGUCACCGAUAUCAUCUAUGCCCUGCCUAUGAUGACCAUUCUGACCAACAAAGGUACUGGCAUUGUCACCAGUGUGCCUAGUGACGCCCCUGAUGAUUACAUGGCUUUAAAAGAUUUAAACGACAAGCCUGAUUUUCAAAAAAAGUUUGGUGUGAAACAGGAGUGGUUGCCCUCUGAAAUCAUUCCGAUUAUCAACAUUCCGGAAUUUGGGGAUAGGGCUGCUGAAAAGGUCUGCUUGGAUUUGAAAAUUAAAAGUCAGAAUGAUAAGGAAAAGCUUGUAGAGGCUAAGAGGUUGACUUACCUGAAAGGAUUCACUGAAGGAACCAUGCUUAUUGGAGAGUUUGUUGGUAGGAAAGUUCAAGAAAUCAAGCCCAUUAUCAAGACAAAGCUCAUAGAGAGUGGUGAGGCAAUCAUAUACAGUGAACCUGAAAAGCCGGUGAUGUCAAGAUCAGGUGAUGAAUGUGUUGUGGCUCUCACAGAUCAGUGGUACAUAACUUACGGCGAAACAGAAUGGCGAAAUAUGGCUGAGGAAUGCUUAUCAAAAAUGAAUCUCUAUUCUGAAGAAACAAGGCAUGGCUUUGAGCACACUUUGAGCUGGCUCAAUCAGUGGGCUUGCUCACGGUCUUUUGGUCUAGGAACUCGGAUUCCCUGGGAUGAACAGUUCCUUGUGGAAUCCUUGUCCGAUUCAUCUCUUUAUAUGGCAUAUUACACAGUUGCCCAUUUCUUUCACGGUGGAGAAGACAUGUAUAAAGGUAGCAAGUCUUUGAUCCAGCCGCAGCAGAUGAAUGAUGAAGUUUGGGAGUAUCUCUUCUGUGAUGGCCCGUACCCAAAAUCAUCUGAUAUUCCAUCAGCUGAAAAGAUCUUAUUCAGAAUCAUUUGA